AGAAAAAAUGUCUGCCAACUAAACUGUUUCCAAGCUAACACAUCCCUCCUGCUGCACUGAUUGUGGAGUGACAUGUUCUGCCCAGCCUGGCAACAGGACUGCGUCCUUAGUGACAGAUUCCUGGCUGCAGUGAAUUUGAAAAGCAACUGGCUACUUUGGGUGGUGGCAAUUGCAGCAGCAACUGGAAACCUUUGGUUUUUUCAUUUGAAGAAAGGGAAGUGGCAUUUUGUCAAAAAACCUCAGGAAUGGCUUCAGUCAGGAACAUCCCUUAUGGGUUUAAUGCAAAUUAUGAGACUGUCACAAAGAUCAUUGGGAGCAAAUAUGUCCGAUGCUUUGUAGAAAAAAAAGAUGGCAAAGCAAAGGAGGGUGUGAAAGCUGAGACACAAACCAUGCUCCAAACAUUAGCCCCAUGUAAUACAAGGCAGACACGUGGAAACGCUCCAAGCCUCAAUAAACCUCCUUGUCAACAAAUCAAUUAUGUUCUCAAUGAUGAACAACAGAACAAAGGUGAAAAGGAAGAACAUAAGUCUAAACAAGCAGAAACGAGUGAUAGCAGAUCUGUGGGCAGCAAAGGUCUGAAACCAGUAAAUAUGCAUUGUGUCACUGCUCCUUCUGGAGACAAGUCUUUGUCUUACAUUCAUACUCUCAAAAAGCCAUCUGUUGGACCACAAACUUCAGGACAACAUGAAAGACAAGAGAAUAUCAUGGAAGACUCAAGAGAAAUACAUGAGGAAAAUGAUUCCCUUCUGGCUGUCCUCAAAAAAGAACUUGAGCUUUAUUCUUUGAGCUUGGCUGUAUUAGACAAGCUGAAGGAAGAAUGCAGUAUUUUGGACCCCAAAGUUUCAGAAUUUCUAUCUCAGGCACAGCUGAGCCACUUGCUCCUGAAGCAUGAAGUCCCACUAAAGUUACCAACAGUCAAACUACUUUUCAAUAAAUUUUUAAAUGCAAAUGAUCCAGAAUUGGUAAAUUAUAAAAAGUUGUUCUGGUUUUUAAGACUAGUGGCAGAAAGUCCAAUGCAGCAAACACGUUCCCUUCCGGAGAAGACACAGCAUGUAAAGAAACAGAGGAAAAGGUCCUGGACUCAGGAAGAUGCAUUCCAAACCCUGAAGCAAAUCUUGGAAGAUCAUAAAGGAGAAAUGAAUUUAGGAAAACUAAGCCUGAGUUUUCAACAACAAGACAAAACUAGCUCAGGCCUUCUUUCAUUCUCUGAGAUAGAGAUGAUUUGCCAAAAGCAUGGACUACCUCUAUAUCCUGGGAUGGUGGAAACAUUGGCGACCACCUAUGAUUUGAGCAAAAGUGGCAGAAUACUGUGGAACUCAUUUGUGGAAUUUCUGAGGAAAGUCCAGGCUGGGAUAACCUCUACAUCACUUCUUUUUACAAGAGGAAACAAGGAGAAAGGUGAAGAUGAUUUUCAGAGGGGCAAUGAACAGCACAAAGAUCUUGCUGCUAAGACCUGGGAGCAAAUGAAUCCUAAGUCAUCUGAUUCUGGUGAUUUUGAAGAACAAGAAGCCUGGAUAAACCGCUUCAGAAAACUGGAAAAAACCCUUUAUUUGUCUGAUGUCAAAAAGACAGGCAAGUUGGAAAAAGACAAAGCCAAGCGCAUGAUCCAUAACUACAAUCAAAUUUUUGACCUGUGUCUUAGCCCACUGAAAAUUGAUAAAGCAUUUCGACUGUUCCGUCCUGGACAAGACAUACCACUGGAACCUCUGCUACAUUACUUGAAGGAACUCUAAAAAUCUGUAAGACUAAUACGGUGUUCAUGAGUGCACUUGUCUUCACUUCAUGUUCUUCACCCACUGGCAUUCUUACUAAUUCAAUAUACACACAUUUCUACUUGCCAUUAAGUCUUUAUUUUCAAACGAGAGGAAACAAAACAUAUACAUGUAACACAGUCGCUGAGAUUCUGUUAGGGAAGUACAUGUACAUAAGUGUCCCUUCUACAUGCAGAUGCCCUUUCUCAGAUGCUGCAGGGGUUAGUAUACCCUUCCUCCUGCUGUAGUGUCCAAACCUCCCCCAACUGUCUGUACAAGCAUUCUGUACUUUAUGGUGAGCAGGCAGGAGCAGAGAAGUAUCUGGCUACUUCUCCAUAGCCAGGUGUGAAAUAAUGACACCAACAUUGGGAUUUACUGGGAUCCUCUGGGGAUCUCAAUCUGCUGCUCUGAUCAUUGUGUGUCUGGCUAUGAUGAGGUAACCAGAAGGCUUCUCUGCUUCCUCCUACAUGAAGUAGGGAAUGGUUGUGUGGUUGGCUUCGGGGUCUUUUCAGUAAAUCAAACCAAAGGUAUGUGGCUAGAGUAGCAUAGAUCUGCAUGUGGAUAUUUACACUGCGCUGAGGGAGAUGUUAGCUUGAGGCUCAUGGCUGACAUCCUGUUAGUGACAUAACAGGCAUAAGCACACUUUCUGCUUGUGUAUGUCUUGUGUGCAGUCACUGUGGCAGUUAGUAUUUUCUUCUAACCUCUUCAGUGACAAAAGCCCUCUCACUCAUUGCUGAGCCAUUGGAAUCCCUGACUGCCCAUUCCCUCUCUUUCCCAGUGUUGUAUUGAACCUCUCUUAUGGUGUCCAUGAGUGCAACAGCAACAUAUAAACACUUUUAAAGCAAAGGGUCUAAAUCACCAGAAAAAAUGGUUGUUGUGCCUUCUGACGACCUAUGGAGAACGUAAGGUAAAGCAGAUUAAAUGACUAUUCACAUCUUAACUUACUCCCAACUGUUCUCAAUCCAUGUGCUGUUACAUGUAUUGAGGCAAAGGAGAGAACUGGUUGGGCACAGCCCAAACAGGGUGAUAGGAAAGGGGAGAGACCUUCCAUCCUAAGGAACAGGCCUCCACUGAGAUAACUAUUAUCUCAGUUUACAUGUAUGUUAGCAUUUGUUGAGAGGACACAGCCUUCUUGGUAGCUACUUCCAGGUGGUAGAACUCCCUCCCAUGGGAGUUUUGUUUGGUCCCUCGCCUUUUCUUCCACUAGCAAGCAAAGACCUUUAUAGUCAGGCAGGCCUUUGCCACAUAAUUCAUGUGACAGAUAAGUCUUUUAAUAGAGUUGUGUUAUGUUUUAAUAGGAUUUCAUAUUGUUUUAACUUUGUGUUUUUAACCAAUCUGUUAAACUGGUUUUUUAACUUAUGUACAGAUUUUUUUUGUUUAGCUGUACUUUGUUUUUAAUUGUUUGCAAGUCACCUUGGAUCUCGUACAAGGAGACAGGUUGGAUAUACAUAAAUA